ACAAAGAUGGCGGCCGCCGGGAGCGGUCCCCAGUGGCCGAUGUCUUCCCCUCUCCAGAGCGGUUCACGAACCGGAGCCCAGUGGAUUCUGCCGCACUCAGAAAAAGAGCGGCAGUCUCGCUGGUCUUCUUUUCCCAUGGGGCAGAGAUCGAAGGGUACUUUCCACAAAGCCUCCUCCUACCUGCUCCAGCAGCUCAUUCACCGCUCUCAGGAGUCGGACGCGGACGGAGAGGAAUACGAGGACGAGGCCGAGGGCGAGGGCGAGGGCGAAGGGGAAUCCGAGGAGUCCUCAGAGUCCGAGAUGCAGGAUUUGGAGGAGAAAUUUGAUGGGGUCCUGAGAGAGGAGGUCGUGGCCAAUGCCCUUCACCAAUUGGGGCGCUCGGGCUCCGGGACUGAGCAGGUCUAUCUCAAUCUAGCUUUACCAGGUUGUGAUUUAAUUGACAUUAGCAUUCUCUGUGAAUAUGUUCACCUACAGAAGUUGGAUCUUUCAGUAAAUAAAAUUGAAGAUCUGUCUUGUGUGAGUUGUAUGCCUUACCUUCUAGAACUUAAUGCUUCUCACAAUAAAUUGACAACAUUCUUCAAUUUCAAGCCACCCAAAAAUCUCAAGAAGGUGGAUUUUUCCUACAAUCAAAUUUCUGAAAUGCGUGAUUUGUCAGAAUACCAGACUCUCACUAAACUAAUUUUGGACAACAACGAGAUAGAGGAGAUCAGUGGGCUAGAGCUGUGUAGUGGCCUAAUGCACCUGAGUCUGGCCAAGAACAAGAUCACGUCAAUUAACGGCUUAGGCAUGCUGCCAAUCAAGAUCCUUUGUCUGAGCAGUAACAGGAUUGAGAAGAUCACGGGUUUGGAGGACCUAAAAGCCUUGCAGAUUGUGGAUCUGUCCCACAAUCAGAUCAGCAGCCUCCAGGGCUUGGAGAACCAUGACUUCCUAGAGGUGAUCAACCUGGAAGAUAAUAAGAUUGCCGAGCUGGGUGAAAUAGAAUACAUUGAAAAUCUACCUCUCCUCCGGGUUCUCAAUUUUCUAAGAAAUCCAAUUCAGGAAAAAUCUGAAUAUUGGUUCUUCGUGAUUUUUAUGCUCCUACGAUUAACAGAAUUAGACCAGAAGAAAAUUAAAGUGGAAGAAAAGGUUGCAGCUGUGAAUAUAUACGAUCCUCCCCCUGAAGUGGUCGCAGCCCAAGAUCACCUGACCCAUGUCGUCAACAGCGUGAUGCAGCCCCAGAGGAUCUUUGACAGCACUCUCCCCCGCCUGGACGCCCCAUAUCCCAUGCUGGUGCUGGCUGGUCCUGAAGCCUGUGGGAAACGAGAACUUGCUCACCGCCUCUGCAGACAGUUCAGCACGUACUUCCGGUACGGGGCCUGCCACACCACCAGACCGCCUUACUUUGGAGAAGGGGAUCGAGUGGAUUACCAUUUUAUCUCUCAGGAAGUUUUUGAUGAAAUGCUAAACAUGGGGAAAUUCAUUCUUACCUUUAAUUAUGGUAGUCACAGUUACGGAUUAAAUAGGGAUACCAUAGAAGGUAUUGCGAGAGACGGUUUGGCAAGCUGUAUUCACAUGGAAAUAGAAGGUGUAAGAAGUUUGAAAUUUUCCUAUUUUGAGCCUCGAUAUAUCCUGGUGGUGCCCAUGGACAAGGAAAAAUAUGAGGGAUAUUUGCGGAGAAAAGGAUUAUUCAGUCGUGUAGAGAUUGAAUUUGCUGUGUCCAGAGUGGACCUUUAUAUUAAAACCAAUCAGAAAUUUCCAGGAUAUUUUGAUGCGAUCAUCAAUGCAGAUGAUCUGGAAGUUGCCUACCAAAAGCUGAGUCACCUCAUCAGAGAAUACCUUGGAUUGUCUGAGGAAACAUCCAAGAAUUUGGCUCCGACUGCAGGAGCUCCCUCUAGCAAGAAGACCCCCUCUGGGGUACCAGCACAUCUGGUCCCGUCCCCAAGGCGCUUGGCGAAACUGCAAGCAGAUGGCCAGAUAACAGAGCAUCUCUCUAGAAUACAGACUCAUGCACAGGUCCCUGAACAUCAGAACCUGGCCCCCUCCCAGAACCAAGAGCUGACCCAGGAGGGAGCAGCCUAUCAAGAAGAACGUUCUCCCACUAGCCAUGUCAGUGCUCAGCCUCCUCCACAGGCCCCUCCACAGCCCAGCUCCUCAGCACCUGGAACUUCCCAGCAGGCCCAAGACUUAUCCCCAAACCAGAAGGAAGGGGAUGUUCAACAAUCAGAUCUUUCUUCAAAAAUAAUAACGAUGGAUCUCCCUGAAAAUGAGUCCCAGACAUCUGAGGCAAAAGCAGAUAAAAUAGGGCAGUCUUCCAUCAUUCCUUCCCAGGAGCCUUCUCAGCACCCUGACCCAGCUCCAGCUCGCAGCCCUCAGCCAGACCAGGAUGAGGAAUCAGGGGAGGCCAAGGUAACUUCCACUGGCCCUCCCCGAUCUGAGGCUCCCCUGGGGUCUGGCCCAACAUCCCUCAGCCCCCAGAGAACCCAAGAUGAGGAAAUCAAGUCUGCUGAUCUGCCACCCAACAGUACCCAUUAUGAGCCUCCAAGAGACCCUUCCCACCCUAAUGGGGCCAAAAUACUGGGACCAUCUCCAGAACAACCUCUAGAAGAGGAAACCCCUAAAGCAGAAUUGGUUCGGGUUAGCACUCCUUACCCAGAAUUGCCACAGCCUCAGGAUUCAGCAGCUAUCAAACAGACCCAGGACAGGAACGACCCAAUGACUUUGCUCCCCAGAAGCCGCCUGGCUCCCACCAGGCUCCCCCAGCCUCAGGUCCUCGCUCCAUUCCAGAGCCGGAGGCCCACACCCAAACUCCUGUCACCCAGCAGGGAGGAAGCUUCAGGAACAGCCUCAGAUCAAACUGUGACUUCCCCACCUAGGCCUCCACUAGCUCAGGAAGGAGACCCCAGUAAACUUCCUCCCAUCAGCCCUCCCCAUUCCAAACCACCACAAAAUCCGAGCCCCUAUCCAGACCAUAGUCCUCAGCAAGUCCAAGAAGAAAAGGUCAGGGAGGUGAAGCUCCCUCUUAUCAGCCCCCCCAUCCAGGAGCACAUGCCACAGCCUGUCCCUGAUCUGCCCCAGGAAGAGGAGGCUCAGGUCGUUAGGCUCCCACAAAUUCCCACUCCCUUCUCUGAACAGCGGCUGCCUCAGAACACAGGGCCUCACCAUGAUUCAAGGCCUGCAAAGGAAAGGCAAGCUCCAAAAGGAGGCCAUGCCUCCAGCAAGAUUUCAGAUGUACAGGCCUUACCCCAAAACCAAGAGCCCGUGCAGCAGAUAGGAGAGGAAAAAAAACUCCCUGUCCAAAGAGAGACAACUAAAGGGCCAGGGUAUCUGAAAAAGGCACCUAGAAGCCAUCAGACAGCCUUGCAGCCAGAAUCCCAGAGUAAGAUGACUCCCCCACAGGUUCCCGACUGCUCUAAUCCCAGCCCGCCUCAGAGUCCUCAGGGGAACCAGAGGAGAAAAGUCCAUGCACCAGAAAUCCCUGAGGCAACCCAUGCUGAACCAUUGCCUAAGGAUCCCCAAUUACCAGAAGAGAAGCGGGAAAAGGAACAUUCUUCCAGAAAAAAGGCUGGUGCCAGCCUCCCCACAGAUGACCUGGUUCAGAAAGGAACUGUGUCCAAAAAAGGACCAUCCUCGAAAAGAAGGAAUUCUGGAGGAUUGUCUCAAGAGACUAAAGCGGCCCUCAGUGGUGGUCCACCAACUCAGGAGGGUCAGCUCCUGCCCAGGAGACCUCUCCAGAGUGAAACUUCUUCUGCGGAGUCCAGACCAGAUGAUUCUGCUUCUGGGCUACAUCCGAGGGGAAAAGAAGAGGCUCAUAAAAGGGGAAGAUUUCCGAAGAGAGAGACUGUUUUGGACUCCCCAGCACAGGCUUCCACCCAGCAGCUUGUCCAAGGGACGCAAGCCCGGAAGGGGACCAAUCAGACCAAAGGGAGCUCUGUCCAAAGGGACAGCACUCCUGGGCAGCAAGCCAGAGACAAACACAGCCGGAAACAUGGGGGAGCACCAAAGGACAGGAGCUCAGCCACACCCCAGAGUCACAUGUCUGCCGAGGAGCGGGGCAGCUGGGAAGGAAGACUGCGAGCCAGGGGCAGUCAGAGCACCAAGGUGUAAGCCACCGUUGGAGCACUGGGUCUCUAACCUCUGUGCCCCUUGGAGGCAGUGCUGUCACAGAAAGGAAAGUGAUGGCCAGGCCACUAUGACUCCAUAUCCCAGCUUCCUUCUGCCACCUGCAUAAGCAUGAGGGGGUGGGCACCAGCCCCGUGUAGCCUUUGGGUUCUUAGAAAGCAGCAAGUCUGUGCGAAUUCUUGUGGUUUGCCACUGUAGCCUCAAAGAGCAGCCCCUCGAGUGGGGUACUCCAGCAAGCUGUAGAGCUGGUCUUAACAGAUCUGGUGCCAGCAGGGAGCCUGUGUGUCUAGAUGUGUAUGAAUUCCAAUAUAUGCUCGAACUCUGGCUGAAGCAAUGUCACAUUGCCCUUGUUUUUGUUGACUCCAUUAGGAAAAGUCACUUCUGGAUGAGAAAAUUCUCACCUGCCUCUUGCCUUAUCGAGGGAUCCAGAAAGAGAACUCUGAGAAAGGAAGCCUUUGCAGUUUCUGGGUCUUGGUCACUCCUGCCAAGGUUCCAGACUCACAGUUAAUGUAUGGGAGUCUUCUGAAGGGCAGGGUAUACGUUCCUUGCACAGUGACACUGUGAUUGCUGAGUCCUCCGGGUUUGCGUUGGGAUGUAUGACUUG